AUGUCGCGUCUGUUCCCUCCUGCUGGUCCUGUUCUGCCUCCCUUCAGAACGAUCCUAAUACAAGGACAAUAUCACGCGUCAGCACCCAUUCACCUCUGUCUGUCGACUGUUACCCCAGAAACCAGUGCUAUCAUCCUGUCACCCUCUCGUGAGGCUCUCGUGCGCAGUCUACAAGGUUACAACGAUGAAUGGAUAAAUAAUCAUUCUGGACACGGAAGUAUCUCAAGCAUGUCCGCCAAUAUUAGGAUGUUCUAUCCUCCAACGUCUGCCCAUCUCGUAGCAUUGCUAUCAUCUUUUCGAGUUCACGACCUUCAUGAGGACGUACCACUUGACUUUCGAGCUACUCUCGAUACUACUCCCACUCUUUUAGUCCUCCACGAGCCCUCACUAUAUUUCUCGACAAGAAACAUAGACAGCCCUGCAUACCCCCUAGAAUUCUCUCGCAGUGCUCAUAAUGUGUCUUUUGCCCUCUUUGACUCCCGGCUCGAUCGACUAAAGCUUCCCAUACUUCGACUACCACCUCGAUCGUUAUUUUCGGACGAAGAAGAUACAAGUCAGCCUCCAGAGCCAAAAAUGGUAACUUUCUUUGCACAGAAAUAUUUCGAGUGGGUGGAUGCAGUUUUAGUACAUACGCCAAGACCCCUAGAAGAAUCAGGAGAAACGAGAGAAAACUGCAGACUUCGUUUACACAAGUGCAACAGCGACGACGACAACGACAGUACAUGGAAGUGGUCCGAAAUUACGCAGCAACCACAAGGUAGCACCAAAAAAUUCAAGACAUUUGUAUGGUAG